UGUAGGUUAUUGUAAUAGGACAUUAAAAAGUGUUAUAGUUCGAAUAUAUAGAUUUGAAGAGAUGUUUAAAACGGAAAGGAAGAUUGAGAUCUGACAUAAUUACGGCAAAAAAUACUAACCAAGAGGUCGGCAAGCAAAUCCCUGCCGUAUCUGCAAUCUUUGUGAGUAACAAGUACAUCAAAUGAGCAAGAUACAGCCAGAUGUGUAUGGUCCUCUGGAAUUCCUACAAAAUAUGUUAUUCAGGGUAUUGAGAGUUCUCUGUUGGCGAAGAAAAGCACAGUAAUAAUAACCAUGGCAUCUUCAGAAGCUUCAACCAGUGCAAGUAGCCUGCAGGAGCAGAAAAAGCAAAGGCAGAUUGAUGUCAUGUUUCUUUGUGAUGAGUGGAGAUCUUUGAAGGGUGGAUUAUCAACUUUCAAUCGUGAGUUUGCCAUUAACUUGGCAAAAGCGAGGAUUGGCAGCAUGAAAAUCCACUGCUAUGUCUCAAAAAGUAAUGAUCAGGAUAGAGAAGAUGCCAAAGAACAUGGUGUAAAUUUAAUCAUAGCUCGAAAUGUACCUGGUUCAGUCGACCCCCUCUCGUGCUUGAUGUCUCCACCCUCUGAGCUUCCAAAUCCACAUCUGGUGAUAGGCCAUGGAAGAAAGCUGGGUGGUCCUGCAUUUUGCCUCGUACAGAAUACAAAGUGUAAAUGGAUUCAAUUUGUUCAUGUUUGCUGUGAAGACCUAGGAAAGUACAAGAAAACAAAAACAGCUACAACAGAUACAAUUGAAGAGAAUGAGAAGAAGCACAAGAUGGAAAUCGAAUGUUGCAAAGCAGCAGAUGCAGUCGUUGCAGUUGGCUCACGUCUACAACAGAAGUACACCAGAAGUCUGCCAAAUCUCGUAGUGGAGAUUAUCACCCCUGGAAUCUUUGAAAGGUUUUGUUGUGAAUCACAGUCGGCUAUGCGUAGCUUAGUAAAGAAAUUUAAUGUGUUCUUGUUUGGCCGAGCUAGCUUUGAGGAUCUCUCCUUGAAGGGCUAUGAUAUUGUUGCAAAUGCCAUAGGUUCCCUCAGAAAGGACUUUGAGCUGACAUUUGUUGGUUCAUCUCCUGGUGAACAUCAAAAAGUUGAGAAGUGGUUUCUUGAAAACACUCACAUCAACCGCAACCAACUAACCAUCCGUGGUUAUUGCAGUGAUCCAGAGGAACUCAAGAUGAUGUUCUACCAGUCAGAUUUGGUCGCCCUACCUUCCCCUACUGAAGGCUUUGGGCUGGUUGCCUUGGAGGCCAUAUCUGCUGGAGUUCCUGUUCUUGUAUCUGGUGAAUCUGGAGUGGCUGAGGCUUUGAAAGAAGUAGAAGGUGGAAACACUGUUAUUAUUGAAUCAGAUGAGGAUGCAGAUGAAUGGGCACAGAGGAUUAGAGACACAUCCGAAGAAAGUGCAGAAAAGAGAAGAGCCAAUGCCAUGAAGCUGCGAGAGAAUUACAGGGAGGUUUACUCUUGGAGAAAAGAAUGUGAGAGAUUCAGUAAAAUGAUUGAAAAAGUUACAAAGGAUGGUGAUUUGAACAUUAAUGUUGAUGUGGGUAGCUUGAAACCCAAUGGGCAGACUACAACCUAGGCAACAGAGGCUGGAGGAUG